CACAAAUCUACUUCACAUUAUAAAUGUAAUCAACAAUCUAUUGUGGUGACGCUCAAACAAUCAUUGUGAUGAUAAAAAAAUAUUAUCAUUUGAAAAUUUGUAAAUCAGUUUAAAAUUACUUCGCAAUAUGGCGAAACAUUAUUGUUUGUCUAUUGUUUUGUUUAUAAGUUUGACGCGAAUACGAGACGUGAGCUCUGAUAUAUUGUGCGAUGCUGAAUUUUGCCCCAAAUUCAUCGAGGAACAGGGUUGCUCGAACACGUCACCAAACUGCGGCAUCAACAAUGCCACCCACUCUGGCUUGAGUCUGCCAUCGCCAACCCUGUGCAACUGCUGCGACUUCUGCCUGCCUUUGAUUGGUGAAGGAGAGCACUGUAGUGUUGGCGGUCCAGGGUUAGGAACGACUAUAGGCAGAUGCGGCCAUGGACUCACCUGCGUUAGAAGCGAUGACGGGAACAUAUGCAAGCGAAUGGACACUCCUUGCCACAGAGCACAGGACGAUUACGACCUUCGUCACUCCAAGGGGGAGACUGGAGCUCUCGAGGAGCGGCCAUCUUGCGACGGCAAAGGAAUGUACGCGAGUUUCUCUUGUGUGCCCACGCAGACGUGUUUCUGUCAGUCGGAGGAGGGUAAAAGGAUUUUCGGGGAAGUAUUGUAUUCAGGACAAUCUGUUAAAAAUGUCAUGCACUGUGGUUGCUCCAGAUUUCACGAGAAAAUCACGAAAUCCCUGAGAGACAGUGCGAGGUACCCAAUCAUAGGACCACGGUGUACUGCGGACGGGAAUUACAAUCCUAUACAAUGUAUCGAUAAGGUCUGUAAUUGCGUGGACCGCGUCACCGGAGAGAUAAUAGAAGGUACCGAAGGAAGACGGAGAAGGAUUGAUCUGGACGAACAACCUUUGACGGAUUUGGAAUGUUACGACCCCCAAUAUGACUUGUUCCCGCAACAAAGCGUGGGCACGCCUCCUUUCAAUUACACCACGCCUUGUCUAAACAAUAUCCAGGCUAGAGUGGAGCUGGUGAGAGAAAGCGAAGAGUUGGGAUACAACGUGAACCACGCGAGCGACUGGCCUGUGUGCUUACCCGACGGCACUUUCGGGAGAGUAACCUUGACUAGAAACAGAUCGAGAAUCUGCGUAGACGAACGCGGCCGUCAGAUUGAGGACUACGAAGCUUUUGGAAACACCGAUGAAUACGACUCUAUGGACUGCAAAUGCGCUCAGACCUCUUUGCUGAUGACUUCGUCGACUGAACGUCCGGUAUGCUGUAAGAAUGGCAACUUCAGAAGGAUUCAAUGCAGGCGUGGAGUAUGCAGAUGUGUCGAUUCUGAUGGUCGGCAGAUGGGCAGGGAAGCAGCUGAUGUCACUCGGUUGCCUUGCUACACCGCAAACUGGAGAACUUGUUGAUGUUGCAACGUAGAAGAGUCCUAUUCAAAAAAUUAUCAAGAAUAAUGUUGUUGCAAUAAUAAUACUAUAUAAUAUUGUUUAAUUUAUUAUUCGAAGUCCAAUAAAUAAUCUACUUUUAUUUUGAAAUAUAAUUAAAGCCUCAUACUCAUUUUCUCUCUCC